AUGACGGGAGCCUGCUACUGCGCCAUCUGCGACGACUACUUCUACGACAACGAGGAUCGCAACCUGCACAUCCAGCAGUCAAUCAAACACCCUUACUGCGCCCCCUGCGAUCGUCGUUUCCUCAACCUCAACGUGUACCGGAAGCACCUCCAAUACUCCCGCAUCCACAACUACUGCACGCUGUGCGAGAUGGAGUUCCGCACACCCGCCGGGCUGCGCUGCCACUACGAGAAGGCGCCCCCGCACAACGACGACAGCGACGACGAGGCGGAGCUGGACGAAGACGAGGAGUACGAGGAGGGCUGGGAGGACCGUGUCGGGCUCGAUCUCUACCCCGAGGAGCCGUACCCGGAGGAGGACGCGGACGGGGGCGACAAGUCAUGGAUGGACUUCGACGAAGAUGAUCUCCUGGACUUUGACUCGGACGAUGAGGAGGAGGAAGAGGUGGAUGACGAGAUUGGGGAGGACGAGGCGACGGUGUCGAAGUUCGCCUGCCCGAUGUGCAAGGAGGCGCCGGAGUUGGCGUGCUUGACACGCUGUGGGCAUUUGUACUGUGCGACAUGCAUUCACCAAGCGUUCAAGCGCGACAACAAGUGCCCGACGUGCAGGGAAGAGGGUCAGGCUUCGCAACUACGCAAGGUCUACCUCACUACGGAGACCGACGCUGAUUAUUGA